CACAAGGUGGAUCGUUUACUCCCCUGGAGCCGCGCUCGACCUCGAAGAGCCUCGAAAAAAUGCAGGGCGCGGUGGUAAUAAACGAAGCAGAAUGGUGCGAAACAGGAAGCACGGAGACCUGGACAUCCAAGGAGCAAACCUCGACAACAGGGAGCAGCAUUGAACGUGCUUCAUACGAUCGAAGACAUACGCAAAGUAAUCGAGACGAACGAAAAGGGAACCCCACGGAUCGUCAACAUGGUGUAAUCCCUAAUGAUCAUCGCGUCGCUCCCAGCAAUGGGUUGCAGAUACCGGAAGGCGCGCCCCAUUGGGCGCUCUCCCCGAAUUACGUGCAGCAGGACUAUCGAUGCGAGCCAUUGGUAGUGCCGUCGGAUCUGCAGAAGCUGUACGCCCUGCACGCGUCUAAGAAGUCAUCAUCAACCCGGGCGCAAGAGAGCGGGAACCAUUCCAGUCGCAGCAGUGGCGAGUACCUGAAUUCGCUCCAACCGGCCCGGAAGAUAAACGCCACAAAGCUGGACCAACCGACCCGCUCGACCCCAGAAACAUCAUCGGUCCUGCCCAACUACACCCUGAGGAACCAGGAGGACAGCCAGACGGAGCUCUGGGCGAACCUGUUGCUGCAAAGCAGCCUCCACGGGGCCCAUCUACAGGAGUCCGACUUCAGCGCGCUGAGCCCUGGGGGCCUGACGAUACCGGCAAGCUGGCCCUGGCAGGAGCAGACCCAGAAACUGCCGAAGCUACACGAGUACCCUGCGUCGGGGAACUACUGCCCGACCUAUCCUGACUUCGCGGUGGGCUUCCCCAGCUUCCCGCAAGCCCCGAAGGGACAUUGGACCCCGGCGAGGGGGGUCGAGAAGAAUGUAGCGUACCAGGAGGCCCUCGCCGAUCGCGACAAGGAGUUGGAAGCCCAGUGGCCGACGAUACAUUCCCACGAGGGGGAACAGACGCGGGCCAGGAUCGACCGGCAACUUAGUUUGGCGGAUUCCGGGAACGAGGCCAAACCUGGAAGAGUGAACCUGGUGGACGGCGGUGCCUGGGGACAGCUGGAACGGCCGGGUGGAUUGGAGUAUUAUUGCCACUCGAAGUACAAGAAAUUGGGCUGCGGGUUGCUGAAGCAUUCCGAUCUUGCCGAGUCUCGUAGAGCUAGGGUAUCGAGGCAGGAGGGCUCGGAGGAGGGCCGACUCGCGGAGCAGGAACUCCUGGACAAUUCGAAUGUCGUGAAGGGGAGGGCCAAUCCUACGGAGGAACGGUUCGCGCUCGAGUCGACGAGCGCCUGCGAGGGACCGAGCCCCGGAGAGACGUCCAAGCUGACUCCUGGCUCUUCGGAGGAAUUCGACAUGUCCGGACAGUAUCCGGGACACAGCCGACCUCCGGUCGGCACGCCCCCACCGCAGACCGUCUGGAAUCAUCUGACCAUGACGCAAGGCCAAGGCCUGAACAUCCACCCCACGGCGCUGUCGGGGGCGGCGCUGAACCCGGCGGGUUUCUACACGCACCCUUCGAUGGCGAGGGCGUCGCACCUAACGUCGCAGCUGACGCCCCAGCUGGCGCACACCCAGGCGCCGCCUACGUGGCACACGCCGACGGUGCCCUCGAAGACGGUGACCCCGUCGAACGCCCCGGGUAACCCGCUCUUCAGCCUGCAGAUGCUGGUCGAUCAGAACCGCCAGCAGAACCAGAGCCAGUAUCGAAGCUCGCCGGCAGGGACCCAGAGCACCCUGGACCUGUCGGCGACUUCGGAGAUGGCGGAGAACUACUCGAGGAUACCGCAGGACAUCCCGAUAAGCCUGACCGCGAGGACGGUCGACAAGGGGAGCCGAAACGGGAACAUAAUCUCGCCGCCGAUCCCCCUCAACGGAGAAAUCUCUUCCGAUUCCGGGAUCAGCUCCUCGGUGCCGACCCCGAACUCCGUCGGCGAGCCCGUCUCCCUCUCCACCAAGGAGAUCCCCCCGGCCCCCAAGAUCACCGUCAAGAACUUCGAGAGCAACCUGAAGGGCGUGGCCAAUCUUCACGACAAGAUCAAGGAGAUGAACGCCGAGGUACUCGCCCAGAAGGUCAUCAAUCUGCCGCCCAGCGUCACCAUCGAGAGGGUCGUCGCCGAUAAGAAGGAGCCCGAGGUCGUCAAGGCCAAGGACACCCUCAGCGUUAUCGCCCAGGUCCCUAGGAACGUGCUCCCCGUUAUCGUCAAUCUUACCUCGAAGAUCGACAAGGAUGUCACCGAUAGCCCCAGGAGGGAACCUUCCAGCGAGAGGGAGAGGAAAAUCGAGGAGACCAGCGUCAGGUCGCCGAAGAACAUCCCCAAGCGAGGUAAAAAGGGCGUGGACUCUCUUCUGGAGAAGCUGGAGGGCGGCAACAAGAAGCUAGGCACGGAGAAUAUCGGCUCGGUGAUAGUGGUGCCGCUUGAUGAUAAGGACUCGAGUAGCGUGAAGAGCAUGUCCCCGGAACGGCAGAAGUCGAAGUCGCCGAGUCGGGAGGACGAGGUCGUCUCGCCGUCGUUCAGCAACGAGGACAGCAACGACACGACCAAGCAACGCAGGAAACGGAAGCUGGAGAAACCCGUAAGGCUGAGCAAGGACUCGAAGACCGAGGUCGAGGACAUGGAGCUGGAGCCCACGGAGCCGACGGGGCCGAGGAUCUGCGAGCCUCUCCUGGACGAGGCGACGCCCCCAGGGGCGGCGACGACGACCUCUGUUCCCGUCAAGACCGAGGAGGAGAGGUCCACCCAGGACCGCCAAGUCGAGGACAGGACCUCGACGCAGGUGGGUCCCGAAGAGGACGAGGAGAUGGAGGAGGAACGACCCGAGCAUAGGCUCGCGGAGGAGCACCCUGAAGAGCAGGAAGACGUUACCGAGGUUGGCAGGCUCGAGGAGAACCAGCCAAUCCGGAGGCGGAGAAGCAGCGAGGGGCCAGUGGCGACGAGUUGUUCGGCCUCGACCAAUCAAAGGGUUAGGAGAAAAUCCAGCGACGACGUCACCGAGCUCUCGAAGGCCGUGACGAGCCCGAAGAACGUGAACAAUGCGAAUCCCUUCAACGAGGUGGAGUCCGAGCUGGAGAAAAUGUUCGCAGGUGAAGGCAUCGUGGAGACGGAGAUGGACGUGAAGGGCGAAGUGCAGGCGAAGCCGGAGGCGGCGAGUACGGAGGCGGUGAAGAGCGAGGACAAGGACCUGGAAACCCUAGGGACGAAACCCGAGGGUGCCGAGGUCGUGGCCGAGGCAUCCGUGGUCCCCGUGGUGACACCCAUGGAGACCCGGCAGACCAGCAACCCGACCGACGUCUCCUCCAGCGUGGACACGAAGGUCUCCCCGAAGAGGAAGGAAAAGAAGACGAAGGCCCGGGGAGGCAAGAGGAAAAUCUCCAGGUCGGCGGAGAAUAUCUUCGGGGCGGCCGACGCGGGGCAGAAGGAGGCGAUGCCCGCCAUGAAGAAGAUGCGGCCCUCGAAGGGCUCGAAGAGGCAGGAUACCUCGAAAAAAUCGAAGAAGAACUCGAAGAUCGACGGCCUCAGGGAGAUGGCCUACGAUUCCGGAUCGAACGCCAGCUCGAUCAGGUCCAGGGGACCCGUCGUCCACGUGGAGGGUCCUAGGGACAGUCCUCUCAGUAUACAAGUCGUCAACGCCCCCAGGGAGGAGGAGGAGGAACGCAACAAGGAGAAGAGGAAGAGCGUCGGCAACGGGAACGCGGGCCGCAGCAAGAGGCUCAGCCAUCAGAACGACCUCGACUACAGAGGCAAGGUCAGCAGAGCCGGCCUCUUCAGCUCGACGUUGUCCUCGCGGUACGACGCCCACACAACGGACUCGACGUGGGUCUGCGUCUUCUGCAAACAGGGUCCCCACUCGGUGAUCCCCGGGUCCCCAUCGAGACCCCAUCCGAACCUGGUGGGGCCCCUGCUGGACCCGGUCACGCACACGGUCCCCGCAGGCGUCCUCAGCGACCUCUUCGGACCCUACCUCAUCGGCAAGGAGCGCCUCGAGGAGGGGAUCCUCUCGGCAGACGAGCAGGAGAUCACGACCGAGCAGAAGAAGGGCGGCAAGAACAAACGCAGCCUCAGGUACGCCGGCCUCGCCGACCAGUUCUCCGCCAAGAUGAGCAAGAAGAAGAGGAACAACGUCGAGAACAACACCAACGCCGUAUUCGCCGGGAUGACCCUGUUACCUGGGGAGGAGCAACGCUGGGAAGUCUGGCUGCACGAGCAAUGCGCCGUCUGGGCUGCCGGCGUUUACAUGGCAGGCGGCCGAGUGACCGGGCUGCAGGAGGCGGUGUGGGACGCGGCCAAAUCGGUGUGCGGCUCUUGCGGGCUGACGGGGGCGAACAUCGGAUGCGUGAAGAGGGGAUGCAGGGCGGUAAGCCACUACCCGUGCGCCCUGACGAAGGGCUGGCACCUGGACAGCAACCAGUACAUACCCAAGUGCAACCUCCACCGGGAGGGCGGCCGGGUUACGUGAAAGGACGGCCCGUCGACGUCCGCGUCGCGUCUUGAGGACGAGCCGAGGCUCGAGUCGCGUCCGAUUGGGUCGAGCCGAGGCUCGGGUUGCGCCUGAUUGGUCAAGCCGAGGCUCAAAUCGCGGUUGGUGAACCGAGCCGAGGCUCGGAUAGCGUUUGAUUGGUCGAGCCGAGGCUCGAGUCGCAUCCGAUUGGUCGAGCCUAACGAGCCGAACGUCGGCUCGGGCGAGCCGCCUUAAGGCUCUAGGUAUGAACGAGUUUACGACUGAAGAUCGCCUUUCUAGUGGUAAGGGUUUGUCCGGCGUGGAUGGCCAGCGCGAGGACUCUUUCUAGGACAGAGAUGACACGCGAUGAUACACCACACACCAACACAUACACCUAUAUUUCGUACGUGCUAAUGUAUACGAGUCAAUUUCUAGCCCUAACCUAAUUUAACCCGACACAAGAGGACGCCGCGAGGAGCCCGAGCUCGUUGUAAUUCCUGUCCCCGUUGUAAUUACUCCCAGGAGGAUAUUAACUCUAUUAGUGCCGAACGACGAUAUAUCGUCGUUUUACAAGUGCUUUAUGACUUCGGUCGGCACUAAAAGGGCUAAUUUCGGGAUGGCAUGAAUUUUGCACGGAAACGUACAGGACCUCCCGUUCUUGGUAUCGGUAACGAACGUCUCGUUUUUAAUUUAGAUUUACUUCACCGCGUAAGGAUGAAACUUAGGCUAGGUAUUUAUUCGGGAAUCGUGCUGGUGUUGAUUUCGACGAUUUUAGGGAAAAUCAUGCGGAGAUUCUGGGGUUUCCGGGGUCGGAGAGAAAGUGCCUCCUUGUGACACGCUUUGGGGAGAUGUCGUUUAUUUAAUCAUGACUUUCGAGUUUAACGGGGCGAGGGGGACUGAAUGUUCUUUCUGGGCUAUGGGGGAAAUUUGAGGAAGAUGUUUGUACGUCCCUUUGCUCGAAAUUCGUGACUCGGUAGAGUUUCACGCCAAGUACGUCUCGAGGCUGUACGUUUGUCGGUGAUAACGUAUCGUAAGUACCUCGAGAUUGCGAGGAACGUGUCUUUUGCGUGCAAAACGAGUUGCCAUCCCUGGUUAUAAAGCUCUGUUUACAAAAGAAAAGUGCACACGUCUUAAAAAAAAAAAUUCUGAUUCUAACUUAAAGUGGUUUAUUCCAAAGUUCGACACAAGCCGUUAUCGCAGUGUUAAUUAAGCGUCAAGAGAAAGAUAUCUACUCGGAUACAUUAUGCGCUUUCGGAUAUAAUUUUAUUGCUAUCAUCUCGAUGCGAUAUCCAGAAUUUCUUCUGCCCCUGGACCAUUGGUAGUACUCGAUUUUGAAUGUCACUGACCGAUGGAGACUUUUGAGAAUUAUUUAUGUUUUAAAAAUUGUAACGGGUCGCGCAAAUUUUUCCCCCGCUUUUCCGAGGAGCCUCUCGGGCGUUCUCUGUAUUUUUUACGUUUUACCGCGUCCGUGAAGAAAGUGGAAACGAAAGCGAAGACGAGAAUUGUACAUUUUUAAGUAGGCUGUAAAAUUGGGCAGGAAUUCGAGACGCGCCUGUGUAAAAUAGCGAUUGAAUUGAUCGCACAUCGCUAUUGUCAUGUUACGGUUAUUGAUGAUCCUCAUCCCACCCCCCGUCUUGUAAACGAUAUCGAUGAUAUCAUUCGAUCGGAAAAUCAUGCAGAGAUGGACGGCCUCCGAUUGCGUCUUAAUGUGAAAUUGACAUAAACGCCAGGGACAUUUCCGGGCAAUAAUCACGAGAUAAACAAUAUCGAUAAUAUCAUCAUAAACACGGACCGUCACGUUUUACAUAUUAUCGCUUCUCUAACGAGCAGCUUAUAAACGGUAGAAUAUUAAUUUACAUUAACAAUCUAUAAAUUCACCUCCUAGGGGAAAGAAAAAUCAAUUAGUUUAUCCCUUCGUCCAUCCUCGAUAUUUAUACAAUUGCGCCGGCGUUUCAACGACUCUGUACGAAAUUUGCUCGUUAAUUUAUCCCGUUUAAUUGUAACAAUUGGAAAUAAUUGCUGCCCAAUGCCAAUCGGUGCCGUCAAUCUCUGUCGUAAAAAAAAAGUCAGUUCCGACUUCUCCGGCUUUUCCUUUUCGAUCUCCUCCGCACCGUCAUUCGUCACAUAAUCCAUAAUCCGUAUUCCAUAAUUCGUAAUCCAUAAUCCAUAAUUCAUAAUUCGCGACUCGGCGAUGACGUGUGAUUUCGAGUUCCCCUCUUUGGCGACGAGUGAGAGAGAGAUAGAGAUAGAUAGGGUGAAAGAGAAGAAAAAAGAAUAGAGAGAGAGAGAGAAGAAAUGGAGAGAAAAAAAGUGUAUAAAAAAAAUACCUAUUCGCGACAUAGGACUAUAUGAUGUACAUACACUAAUUCGUGCGAGAUGCAAAGAUCUAUAUAUAUACAAAGUAGACGUUCCCCUCCCCAGCAUGGAGUACGAUAAUUGAGCGUAAUCACUUAUAAAUAAUUAUUCGAUUAAGGUGAGACGAGGUACACACACACGGAUAACACGUACACGGACACAUUGUAUCGAGGAUGAUAAUUGCUGAUUGUACAUAACGAGAGAGAGAGAGAGAAAAAACGCUCGUAGCGAUUAAAUUCAGAAUCCUCGUGUAAAAAGAAAACUUUGCGAAUGUAUUAAGGGGGAGAGAGAGAGAGAGAGUGCGAUAGAGUGAAAAGGGAAAAAAAAAUGUGUGUAUGCGUAUGCGUGAGAGAGAAAAGAGAGCGAUAUCCUAUUUAGGAGCAUAAUGCCUGACUUACCGUAGAAAGAGAGAGAGACAGAGAAGGGUUGUUUCUCGAGACAGAUAGAGAGAGAAUCCUUUUCUCCUUCUGAGUUUCUCUCCCUUCUUUUUUCCAAUUUUUUUUUUCUCCUUCCACUUUCUUCCUUUCCCUUUCGCUACUUCUUUUCUUUAUUCCUUUCCUUAUUAAUUUAAUGCCUUCUUAGUUGGAAGUCGUGCGAGUUUUGUGCGAGGAAUGUUUAUAUAGCCAAAAACGCUGGUUAGGGAAGAGGCUCGGCUCAGUCUCGGGACAAGAACAUUGUUAAGGGAACUUUUUCUUUUCUCGAGGGCCGACCGAGUCUCUUUUCGGCGGAGAGGCGGUUUACGAAACGCUUAAUUAUUUAAGACCGUGCGGCGAUUUUUGCGGGAGAGAUUUUAUACGUCUUGGCUGGCACUUUGAAUCGGCGAUUCUUCCAGAUAGAAAUUCGUGAUCGCAAUACGAUAAGGGGAAAAUCGAUUUACAAAGAAUUCGCUGCACGAAAUGUCUGCAAUGUAUGCACGCGUAUUGCACGAUAAAUUUGCGCGAGAUUAAUUUUGCUGCACUUAUGCGGACAAACAUUGAGACAUUGCGUGUACUUAAUUUUGUUUCAUAUUUAGGUAUUUUUAAUUCGUCAUUGUGUCCUGCAGAUAAGAGGUCCAAAUGAGGAAUCAUAAGCAACACCCUCGUGACUCGUUUCAUGAUCUUUUAUCGGGGAAAAUUUGAUGCUAAUUUUUCCAUCACUUUGUCUAUUUGGGAAUAUUCCAACGUACGAACUCUGCCGGCCUAGAAAAUCGUCGCCUUAAGUUUAAGCCUGUAUAAAAGUGGAGGGAAACCUAAAGAUCUGUAAGAUAGUGCGCCGAAUAUUUCAAAAUGGCGAGAGAAAGACGGAAGGAAAUACGAAACACUGUACACAGACUCGUGCCUCGAUAAGCGGCAAGAGGCGGGGAAAAGAGUCAGCGAGAAAAUGAAAAAAAAAA